AUGACCAAUUCAAAUUUGUCGUUUCAUUUCUUUGAGGAUACUGAAUCAGAUCUUCAUGAAUACAUAUUUAAUAUUUCAAAAGACAGCCUAGAACUGAUUCUCAAUCAUCAUUUUGCACUAAUUAGUGUCAUUACUUCUAUCCUCAUCUUUCUUGCUUGCAUUAUCGGAAUUGUGGGGAAUGGAAUUACCAUCUGGAUUCUUGGUGUCUGCAUGAAGAGGAAUCCCUUCACAACCUAUAUCCUGAACUUGGCCAUUGCUGAUAUUGGAGUCCUCAUCACCGUCAUUUCGCUCUACAUACUUCCAUUCCUUUUCAGUGGAAAUCUUCCUAUUUGGGGAAUUUGCAUAUGUAGUUAUGUUCAGUCAUUAAUGUAUAUCACUGAUCAGCUUAUCUUGACAGUGGUCAGUAUUGACAGGUGUGUGGCUGUCCUCUUCCCGAUCUGGCAUCGAUGCCACCGGCCCCCACGCUUGUCGAGCAUUGUCUGUGUCUGUAUAUGGGUCUUCUCCUGCCUAAUUAGUGGACUGGACAUCCUUCUCACAUUUGCCAAUCAAUUCAUAUUGCUCCAAUUUAUUGUGAACGUUGCAAUUUGUACCCCACUCAUGGCUGUUUCCACUGUCAUCUUGUUUGUAAAAAUCUACACUAAAUCCCAGCAGCAUCAGCGGGGAAAGCUUUUAACGGUCAUUGUCCUUGCACUCUUCUUCUUUCUUAUCUUUGGUUUCCCUAUGAAUUACUUUUAUUUCCUCAUUUACUAUUACUUUUCGGAUGGCAUUGAUUUAAUGUCACUGCUAAUGGCUGCUUUGGGGUGUGCAGUUCUAAACUGCAAUGUCAAUCCAGUGGUAUAUUUCUUAGUGGGAAGAAAGAAGAAGGGGCGAUCUAGGCUAUCCAUGAAAGUUGCCCUCCAAAGGGUUUUUACAGAUGAGGAAAUCUGCGGAGGGCAACAAGGAACCCGAGCUGAAACCCAGUUCUGAUGAAUUAUUAAAGCUUCUGGGCUUUUGCUUUGAGUAUACCGAUACAUAGA